CUUGGUCUGUAUCCAGUGCACCACUACGUCAGAUUCACAAAUCAUUCGCAAUCCCAACUUAUUGUUUGUUCAUUGGCCACACACACAACACAAAGCUUACCUUGCCAAAUAUUCCCAGAAAAUGCUUCUCUUUUUCUUCUCUCUGCUCUGUGGUAAGUUUUCAAAUCUUUAUUUUCUCUAGUUUAAUUGAUUUUUUAUUUCUAUUGUUUUAAGACCCAGAUUGUGUUUUAGUUAAAAUCCAUGGAUACCUUACUAAAAACACAUAACAAACUUGAAUUCUUGCCCCAACUUCACGGGGUUUCUGAUAAAUCCUGUAGUUUAAGCUCUUCAAAGAUUCAGAGUCCAGAGUUUAGGUUUGUUCUUAAGAAAUAUCAUCUCAAGAGGAUUAGUAGUAGUAAGUGUCGUGUAAAGGCCGGUAGUAGUACUCUUUUGGAGCUUGUUCCUGGAACCAAGAAGGAAAAUCUUGAGUUUGAGCUUCCCAUGUAUGACCCUUCAAAGGGUCUUGUUGUGGACUUGGCUGUUGUAGGUGGUGGCCCAGCUGGGCUUGCUGUUGCCCAGCAAGUUUCUGAGGCAGGGCUUUCUGUUUGCUCAAUUGACCCCUCUCCCAAAUUGAUUUGGCCCAAUAAUUAUGGUGUUUGGGUUGAUGAAUUUGGAGCCAUGGAUUUGCUUGAUUGCCUUGACACCACCUGGUCCGGCGCUGUUGUUUACAUUGAUAACGGUGUGAAGAAGGAUCUUGAUAGACCUUAUGGGAGGGUUAAUAGAAAGCAGCUCAAGUCUAAAAUGCUGCGAAAAUGCAUAUCCAAUGGUGUUAAGUUUCACCAAGCUAAAGUUAUUAAGGUUAUUCAUGAAGAGUCCAAAUCCUUAUUGAUUUGCAAUGAUGGUGUUACAAUUCAGGCUGCUGUGGUUCUUGAUGCAACUGGGUUUUCUAGGUGCCUUGUUCAGUAUGAUAAGCCCUAUAAUCCAGGUUACCAAGUGGCAUAUGGAAUUUUGGCUGAAGUAGAAGAGCACCCAUUUGACGUAGAUAAGAUGCUUUUUAUGGACUGGAGAGAUUCACAUCUAGACAGCAAUUUGGAGCUAAAAGAAGCUAAUAGUAAAAUUCCGACUUUUCUUUAUGCAAUGCCCUUUUCAUCAAACAGGAUAUUUCUUGAGGAAACUUCACUUGUAGCACGGCCUGGAGUGCCCAUGAAAGAUAUCCAGGAAAGACUGGCGGCUAGAUUAAGGCACUUAGGCAUUAAAGUGAAGAGCAUUGAAGAGGAUGAGCAUUGUGUCAUUCCCAUGGGUGGACCUCUCCCAGUGCUUCCUCAAAGAGUGGUUGGAAUAGGUGGUACUGCUGGCAUGGUGCACCCUUCGACUGGGUAUAUGGUGGCAAGGACUUUAGCAGCAGCCCCUAUUGUUGCAAACGCUAUAGUACGGUGCCUUGAUUCUGAUAGAAGCCUUUCAGGAAAUGAGUUGUCAGCUGAUGUUUGGAAAGAUUUAUGGCCCAUACAAAGGAGGAGACAGAGGGAAUUCUUCUGUUUUGGUAUGGAUAUACUGCUGAAGCUUGAUUUACAAGGCACUAGAAUGUUUUUUGACGCAUUUUUUGAUUUGGAACCGCAUUAUUGGCAUGGUUUCUUGUCAUCAAGACUGUUUCUUCCAGAACUUAUAGUUUUUGGGCUUUCUCUAUUCUCGCAUGCCUCUAAUACUUGUAGGAUGGAGAUCAUGGCGAAGGGAACUCUUCCUUUGGUUAACAUGAUCAACAACUUGGUACAGGAUAGAGAUUAAUAUGACCACAAUAUUUAUUCGUGAUAUGCUUAAUGUGUUGAUGUAUCUGCAUCUAAUAGUUUACUUACCCUUUCCCUAAUUGUCAAUAAAACACCUCAAAUUUGUUGUUAUGUUUUUAACUUAUUAAAUGAGCAACAAAUGUUUGCAAUGUAAUAUUUGUUGAU